AUGCAAGCACUUAAAUGUGUUGUAGUCGGCGAUGGCGCCGUAGGUAAAACAUGUUUAUUAAUAUCUUAUACAACGAAUACAUUUCCUGGUGAAUAUAUUCCGACUGUGUUUGAUAAUUAUUCAGCUAAUGUUAUGGUUGAUGGAAAACCAAUUAAUCUCGGCUUGUGGGAUACAGCUGGUCAAGAAGAUUAUGAUCGUCUUCGUCCAUUAUCUUAUCCGCAAACGGAUGUUUUUAUUAUUUGUUUUUCACUUGUUAGUCCAGCUUCGUUUGAAAAUGUUCGAGCUAAAUGGUAUCCUGAAGUAAGUCAUCAUUGCCCUGACACACCAAUUAUUCUUGUUGGUACAAAACUUGAUUUACGAGAUGAUAAAAACAUCAUUGACAAACUUCGAAAAAAAUUAUCACCAAUUUCUACACUUCAAGGUGAAUCAAUGCGCAAAGAAAUAGGUGCUCUCAAAUAUCUUGAAUGUUCUGCAUUGACACAAAAAGGUUUAAAAACAGUGUUUGAUGAAGCCAUACGUGCUCAUUUAUGUCCAAGACCGAAAGCGAAAAAGAAAGGAUGUAUUCUGAUUUAA